GGGCCCAGGCGAGCAUGGACCAAUGGGAGAGCUCGGUGCCUGCUCAGCCAGGCCCUUAUAAAAGUUUGUGCGGCCCGCAUUCAGCAGCUCAGUUUCCACUUGGACCACGAACGUGAAGAGAAUACAGAAGCCAUGAUGCUGCCUCUAGCCUUGUUGGCCGUGUGCCUCGGCGCGGCCCUGUCGGCCCCCAGCCUGGACCCCCAGCUGAACGACCACUGGGGCCUGUGGAAGCAAUGGCACACCAGGGACUACCACAAGAUGGAGGAGGGCUGGAGGAGGAUGGUGUGGGAGAAGAACCUGAGGAAGAUCGAGCUCCACAACCUGGAGCACUCCAUGGGCAAGCACUCGUACCGCCUGGGCAUGAACCACUUUGGGGACAUGACCAAUGAGGAGUUCAGGCAGCUCAUGAACGGCUACAAGCACAAAGCCGCCAGGAAGCACCGGGGGUCCCUGUUCAUGGAGCCCAACUUCCUGGAGGCGCCGCGCUCCGUGGACUGGAGGGACAAAGGCUACGUCACCGCCGUCAAGGACCAGGGUCAGUGUGGCUCCUGCUGGGCCUUCAGCGCCACCGGCGCCCUGGAGGGGCAGAUCUUCAGGAAGACGGGCAAGCUGGUGUCGCUGAGCGAGCAGAACCUGGUGGACUGCUCGCGGCCCGAAGGCAACGAGGGCUGCAACGGGGGCCUGAUGGACCAGGCCUUCCAGUACGUGGAGGACAACCAGGGGCUGGACUCCGAGGCCGCGUACCCCUACACGGGCGAGGACAACCUGCCGUGCAAGUACGACGCCAUGUUCAACGCCGCCAACGACACGGGCUUCGUGGACGUCCCGAGCGGGAAGGAGCGCGCGCUGAUGAAGGCCGUGGCCGCCGUGGGACCAGUCUCCGUCGCCAUAGACGCCGGUCACGAGUCCUUCCAGUUCUACCAGUCGGGAAUCUACUACGAGGACAGCUGCAGCAGCGAGGAGCUGGACCACGGCGUGCUGGUGGUGGGUUACGGCGCCGAGACGACUGACGAGGACGGGAAGAAGUACUGGAUCGUGAAGAACAGCUGGGGCGAGAAGUGGGGCGACGGCGGCUACAUCUACAUGGCCAAAGACCGGAAGAACCACUGCGGCAUCGCCACCGCCGCCAGUUAUCCGCUCGUCUAGCGUUGCUACGGCAACGCAUCUAGUUUCUUCUUUUUUUUUUGGUAAAAAAAAAAAAUUGCAAUAGCUGGCCGGGAGCCGCGGACGAUGAGGCUUCGGUGAGGGCGCCGGCGGCGGGAGAUCGCACAAUGUUUUAUAAAGAGAAACACUGUUUUUAGGGAAAUGGCGCCAUUUUAUGUUUGGCUGGUUUUCUGCCAAUUUUAUUCAGUCUGAAAACCUUUUGUCGAGUGUUUUAUUCUUUGUAAAUACGCGCGUGUUACUUGGUAAGUGGUAAAUUAACUUGCUUCGGGUCAUUGUAAAGAUUCUUUGUUUCUACUUUUACUACGAUCGAAUAAAGUUGUGAAACACUA